GAAAAAAUAUUCCGAGCCAGCUCGCAGUCACUUGUGUGCCGUCGUUCUUCGUUUAUCGUACAACUCCGUGUGGCCGUACUUGGUAAGCGACCGUGCUACGGUGUUGGCAGUAUUAACCAGAGUUCAUUGUAGCAGUACCGUACACACAGCAGCCGCCCCAGCAAGGAGGAAGCAGUAACGAUGUCGACGAUGUACAAUAAAACCCUAUCGGCCCACCAGGCCCACAAGGAGCACGUCCUGGCCGUGUCGCGCGAUUUCAUCUCCCAGCCACGUUUGAUCUACAAAACCGUCUCCGGUGUCAACGGACCGCUGGUCAUCCUUGAUGAGGUGAAGUUCCCGAAGUUUGCCGAAAUCGUCCAGCUGCGGUUGGCCGAUGGCACCAUCCGCUCCGGUCAGGUGCUGGAAGUGAGCGGCUCCAAGGCCGUCGUCCAGGUGUUCGAGGGUACGUCCGGUAUCGAUGCGAAGAACACCGUGUGCGAGUUCACCGGCGAUAUUCUGCGCACCCCAGUGUCGGAAGACAUGUUGGGUCGUGUAUUCAACGGAUCCGGCAAGCCGAUCGACAAGGGUCCGCCAAUUCUGGCCGAAGAUUUCCUUGACAUUCAGGGUCAACCCAUCAAUCCGUGGUCUCGUAUUUACCCGGAGGAAAUGAUCCAAACCGGUAUCUCCGCCAUCGACGUGAUGAACUCGAUUGCCCGUGGACAGAAGAUUCCGAUCUUCUCGGCUGCUGGUCUGCCGCACAAUGAAAUUGCCGCUCAAAUUUGUCGUCAGGCCGGUCUGGUCAAGCAGAGUGGCAAGUCGGUGCUGGACGAGCACGAGGACAACUUUGCCAUCGUGUUCGCCGCCAUGGGUGUGAACAUGGAGACGGCCCGUUUCUUCAAGCAGGACUUCGAGGAGAACGGCUCCAUGGAGAACGUGUGUCUCUUCCUCAAUCUGGCCAACGAUCCCACCAUCGAGCGUAUCAUUACGCCCCGUCUGGCCCUUACCGCCGCCGAGUUCCUCGCCUACCAGUGCGAGAAGCACGUGCUCGUCAUCCUUACCGACAUGUCCUCGUACGCCGAGGCUCUGCGUGAGGUGUCCGCUGCCCGUGAGGAGGUGCCCGGACGUCGUGGUUUCCCUGGUUACAUGUACACCGAUUUGGCCACCAUCUACGAGCGUGCUGGACGUGUCGAAGGCCGCAACGGUUCGAUUACCCAGAUCCCCAUUCUUACUAUGCCGAACGACGACAUUACUCAUCCCAUUCCCGAUUUGACCGGUUACAUUACCGAGGGUCAGAUCUACGUCGACCGUCAGCUGCACAACCGACAGAUCUACCCGCCGGUCAACGUGUUGCCGUCGCUGUCGCGUUUGAUGAAGUCCGCCAUUGGUGAGGGCAUGACGCGCAAGGACCACUCGGACGUGUCCAACCAGCUGUACGCUUGCUACGCCAUCGGCAAGGACGUGCAGGCCAUGAAGGCCGUCGUCGGCGAGGAGGCCCUUACGCCGGACGAUCUGCUCUACCUGGAGUUCCUGACCAAGUUCGAGAAGAACUUCAUCUCGCAGGGUAACUACGAGAACCGCACCGUAUUCGAGUCGCUGGACAUCGGCUGGCAGCUGCUGCGUAUCUUCCCCAAGGAGAUGCUCAAGCGUAUCCCGGCCUCGAUCCUGGCCGAGUUCUACCCGCGCGACUCUCGUCACUAAACCGCGACCCCCCGCUCCCCUUUGCCGGUGGGUGGAGAUGGAUGAUGUUCGUUCGUCGUUUGCUAGCACUUCUUCUGUAAGGUAGAUAUUACUACAAACAUCCUUUCGGUUUGUUUGCGUCCCUUUUUAUCUUGUCUGUUGUGUAAAUAGUGGAUUGGGAAUCGAGAAGAAACACAAAUUAAAAAUUAAUGUAAUAUCCAUUUAAAGCAUUC